GAGCCAGGCGGCGCCCGGCACCCGCUGAUCGCCGCCGGCCCCUCCGCAGGACCUCACGCCAGCGACGGCGCGCCGGGCCCGCCUUCGAGGCCAGCGCAGCCGUUGGAGGCGCCGGCGCAGGGCGCCCCCGCGCAGGUACUCGGGCAGCAGCUGCCUCCGCGG